AUGGAGGAUGAAAAUGACUCAAUAAUGUGAAAGUGGAAACUAUUCUUUUUGCUGGCGAUGUUUCCUUUGAAACAUCCAAUACAGUGACAAAGCUGGUGUGGCUGUUGCUGAUAACUGCCUGUGUACAUUGUACUUUGACCAGUGUCACUGCAGAUUGUUUCAUUUGUUUCUGUUGGUCAGUGAGGUUUACACUUCACUGCCCUGCAGGGCCGUUAGCUGCCAGCAUUUGUUGUUUUGUCCACAUCUGGAUUAAUUCUUGGAUAAGAUUGAAGACCAUUUUUGUUGUGGAGGAGCUCUGCUGUCAUCAUGUCAACAUCUGAUCAGGUAGAGCCAGUCAUGGAGAGGAGGUACGGGGGAGUUGGUCGCUGCAAGUGCUCGUUUUGGUUCGCAGUGGCCCACGACAUACUCGGCGUCUUCAUCAUGAUGGUGGGGGUGUUUGGAGGGCUGGUCGUCCACGACUUGUUCGUCUACGCGGGGGCCAUCAUCAUCUUCCUCAGCCUCAUUUGGUGGGUGUUCUGGUACUCCGGGAACAUCGACGUGCCACCCGAGGAGCUGGAGGACGACGUGGGCCUGAUUAAGGUGAAGAACCGCGGACUGAGCCAAGUGGUGAGACGAGUGUCCAACCACCUCUCCAGCAGGAUCAGGGACUCUUUCAGAAAGAACAGCCGGUCCAUCAGAGAGGGCCCCGCAGGCAGCUGGCCUUCAAACACUGGUACAGAGGUGUCGCUGUCCACUGUCAACGACACCACCAUCACCUCCUCGUCUAAAGAACUCGUGAGAGAGACGCUGUCAGUAUGAACUAACCAAACAGACUGUAAAUGACACCAAGAGACUCAGCGUGGACUUUUUGUGUUUGUUUCCUUUACUCCUUAACCUAUUCUUUAAAAGGAAUUUUGUGUUUGCUCUGCUUACACACACUGCUAAUGAUUAGACAACACUGGAGUCUCAUCUAGAUAAGAUCCACCUGUUGUUAUCUAACUGAUAAGAUGUAAACUUUGCACAUUACAACUCAGUGUUGCAAAUGGUUCUGAUUUAGAUCACAAAAUUUCUAUCAGUUACUAUCUUUUUACAAGUUAUGUUUGGUUAAUUCACAGAUAUUUGCUGAGCGGGCAUGUGCAUAGUUUUAUAUUUAUUUCACAUAUAAAUGUAUAAAGGAUAUAAAAGCAAGGUUAAACGUUAUAAUGUCUGUUUUAUCACCCAACUAACAUAUAAAGCACACACAGAUGUGGUGUUUUUGUAAACCUUAACAUGGUCAGAAUGCUGCUUUUGCAUCCUAAAACUGCACAGUCCGUUGUGAUAAAUUUGAAUAACUGAAACCUACUGGAUGCCACCUGCCAUAAGCGUCACUGAAAGAUCGCAGUGGGAUUCACAUUACGCGCUUGUGUGUUUUGAAUGCAUUUAAUUACUGGACUCGUGGUUGGCUUUCAGAGCCUUUGAGAAGUCAGUUGAAGGUGCAUGUCAGAGAAGUAUGUUGAGAUCAAUUUUCUUCUAUCUGUGCAGACAUUUGGAAACAGCUUUGGCACACACACUCCAGUAUGUGUAGUAAAACCCCAGC